UCUUUUCUCCCCCAACAUGCAGUUUCUCCGUCCCCUUCCCUUUCCCCGGUCUGGCUGAUAUCUCUUCAUUCCUGCCACUUCUCUCCUCUCUUCCCUCUCCGUACCCCUCCUGAUCCCUUACCGGACAGUUCCUUGAAGCGUUUUCCCUUUGCUCCCCACCCCUCAUAUCGCAAUGGCUCCCAUCACGGAAGAGGUCGUCAACGGCCUGAAGGAUACUAUCGGAAAGCUUGAGGCUCGCGUUGAGGAGUUGGAAGGCCGCCUCACCAACCAGGUCAAGCCCAAGUCGGUUGCGGAGCAGAUGCGCAUCAUUCUUAUGGGACCUCCCGGUGCCGGCAAGGGUACUCAGGCCCCCCGGCUCAAGGAGAAGUACUGUGUCUGCCACUUGGCCACCGGUGACAUGCUGCGUUCCCAGGUCGCCAAGAAGACCGCGUUGGGCAAGGAGGCCAAGAAGAUCAUGGACCAGGGUGGCUUGGUCAGUGACGAGAUCAUGGUCAACAUGAUCCAGAGCGAGCUCGAGAACAACACCGAGUGCAAGAACGGAUUCAUCCUUGAUGGAUUCCCCCGUACUGUUGCUCAGGCCGAGCGUCUGGAUGAUAUGCUUUCCAUCCGCCAGCAGAAGCUUCAGCAUGCCGUUGAGCUUCAGAUCGACGAUGCCUUGUUGGUUGCCCGGAUCACCGGACGUCUGGUCCACCCGGCUUCCGGACGCUCGUACCACAAGAUCUUCAACCCCCCCAAGGAGGAGAUGAAGGACGAUGUUACAGGCGAGCCUCUGAUCCAGCGCUCCGACGACAACGCCGAUACCCUGAAGAAGCGUCUCGGCACCUACCACGCCCAGACCGCCCCCGUUGUGGACUACUACAAGAAGACCGGUAUCUGGCGCGGUAUUGACGCCAGUCAGGAACCCGGCCAGGUCUGGAAGAGCCUGCUCGGUGUCUUCCGCCAGUAGAUUCAGCAAUUGGGGGAAAGCCCAUUGCUAGGCCGGAGUGAUGUACUUAAAUGAUACCCAUCGUUCCGGCCCCUGUGUCUUUGCCGGAGUGGAGAG